AACAUGCUGGCACCUAAGAAAAUGGUCCGAGGAAAUUUCACCUUGGUGACUGAAUUUAUUCUCUUGGGAUUAACGGAUCGUCCGGAGCUGCAGCCGGUCCUCUUUGUGCUGUUUCUGGUGAUCUACCUGAUCACUGUCGGGGGUAAUCUAGGGAUGGUGCUGUUGAUCCGGGUAGAUUCACGCCUACAUACCCCCAUGUACUUCUUUCUUGCCAGUUUAUCCUGCUUGGAUUUGUGCUACUCCACUAAUGUGACUCCCAAGAUGCUGGUGAACUUUUUAUCCAAGAAGAAAACUAUUUCCUAUGCUGCUUGCCUGGUCCAGUGUUAUUUUUUCAUUGCCAUGGUGAUCACUGAAUACUACAUGCUAGCUGUGAUGGCCUAUGAUAGGUAUAUGGCUAUCUGCAACCCUUUGCUUUACAGCAGCAAGAUGUCCAGAGCGGUGUGCAUCCGCCUGAUUGCUGGCCCGUACAUCUAUGGGUUUUUAAGUGGACUGAUGGAAACCAUGUGGACCUAUCGCUUGACCUUCUGCGGCUCCAAUGUCAUUAACCACUUCUACUGUGCGGACCCUCCCCUCAUCAGACUCUCCUGUUCUGACACUUCUAUUAAAGAGACAUCCAUGUUUGUGGUGGCGGGAUUUAACCUGUCCAACUCUCUCCUCAUCAUUCUCAUUUCCUACUUGUUCAUUCUCAUCGCCAUCCUGAGGAUGCGUUCUGCAGAAGGCCGGCGCAAAGCUUUCUCCACCUGUGGCUCCCACCUGGUCGCGGUGACUGUGUUUUACGGGACGCUGUUCUGCAUGUAUGUCCGACCUCCCACCGACAAGUCGGUGGAGCAGUCCAAAAUCAUCGCUGUCUUCUACACGUUCAUAAGUCCCAUGUUGAACCCCAUCAUUUAUAGCCUGAGGAACAAGGAUGUGAAACAAGCCUUUCGGAAGCUGAUCCAAAGAAAUGCGCUUUUGAAGUAG